CUUGCAUUGUUUGCAAGUUUUUUGAAAUUGCCUUUCCUUUCAUCAUCUUCAUUUUGGAAAAUUCAGCGAACUUAUGUAGUGCCCAGCAUUGUUGAAAUAUGGGAAAGUCAUCAAAGUGAGGUUUUGGAUGAAUUUCGAGGAAAGGAUCUUGUUCUUUUAGGGGAUGGGCGUAUGGACAGCCCUGGACAUUGUGCACAGUACUGCACCUAUACUUUUAUGGAGCACGAUACCCAUAAAAUACUGUGCAUCAUAACAUUGGACAAACGGAUGACUGGAGGAAAAAGCGCAGUGCUUGAGAAGGCAUGUUUUCAGAAAGCGCUCCAGUUCCUCCUUCAUCAUAACAUGAAAAUUGUGGAAAUUGUCACAGAUGCUCAUGUGCAAAUAAAAGCUCUGAUGAGAAAGGACUAUCCCCAAAUCAAACACUCGUUUGAUAUAUGGCAUGGUUCAAAGAAUCUUGGGAAAAAAAUAAUUCAGGCAGGACAGGAGAAAACGAAGAAACCAUUGCUGUCCUGGGCUCGAGAGGUCGUCAACCACUUUUGGUUCUGCUCUGCUACAGCUAACACAGAGGAGGAUUUUAUUGGUAUGUGGUUUGGCGUUAUUCAUCAUGUUGUCAACGAGCAUGAAUGGAUCCUCCCUUACAGAGUAGGAGCUAGAAGUUCUUGCUUGCAUGGGCCUCUCACGGAGGAGCGUGACAAGGGCUGGUUAGAGCCAGGAUCACCUGCUCAUGUUGCGUUAAGAGAUAUAGUUCGGGACAAAAGACUGGUGAAGAAAAUUCCAUAUUACUUGAACUGCAGGAGCACAGCUGCCUUAGAAAAUUUCCAGAACUUGAUCCUGAAAUAUACAUCAAAGCAGCACUCGUACACUCCACCUGUAUACCAUGCUAGGAACCUUAUUGCUGCUUUAGACCACAACUCAAACUGUGAUAGAGAUAUUUCAAGAAAAAAGGAUGGCUCUCAGAGACAUCAACGAUUUUUUAGCAAAAAGAGUGGGCGGUGGUCAACCUAUGGGGUUAAGGAAAAGAAGAAGUAUCCGUACUCCGAGAAGCUGAUGAAGGCCUGUUUGGAGAACAGAUUACUGGAUGGAAUAGGGAUGAACCAGCCAUCAGUGUUAAGUGUAGAGGAUCCUAGAAGAGUGUCCUCUGUUCUUGCACCAGUUCCUCCACCACCUACAGCAGAACUAGUGGCUGAGAAAAAGUCUCGCUUCUCAGAGAGUCGUUAACUCACUAUGUUGACAUGAAAUGAAAAGUAAA